CUGCUUCCUUACUUCUGCGAUGAAUCACAGGUCGUUCUUUCAGGUUUCACAGCUGUGACAAGAUGGGUCAGAUUUGACCAGGCAAAUCGACAAAAAUUUCUUCCAAAGGCAGUGAUUUUGCAGCUGUUGGAGCAUGUGCGACUUGCUCUUUGUCAUCCGAAAUUCCUUGUUGAAACAGUGAGUGAGGACCCUUUAGUAAUGACUGAUCCCACAUGCCGACAUCUCCUCGACGAAGCAAAAAAUUACCAGCUUCUGCGACUGUCUACGCAGGAACGAUUGGAAAUGCAAGAAACGCGCACUAAACCUCGGAAAUCGCUCAAAACUAGCGAAGAAUUAUACCUGUUGGAGCAUGUGCGACUUGCUCUUUGUCAUCCGAAAUUCCUUGUUGAAACAGUGAGUGAGGACCCUUUAGUAAUGACUGAUCCCACAUGCCGACAUCUCCUCGACGAAGCAAAAAAUUACCAGCUUAUGCGACUGUCUACGCAGGAACGAUUGGAAAUGCAAGAAACGCGCACUAAACCUCGGAAAUCGCUCAAAACUAGCGAAGAAUUAUACGAUCAACAGCUUCCAGAACUUUCGCACAAACAAUCGAAGGUGCAGGGAACACAGAGUGAAUCAAGGAACUCAUUCGAAAUUGGCGAGAAGUUA